CGACGACAGCAGCAUCUUUCGCAGCCAUCACUAUGGAGGCGCGGAGCCCCACGCCCGACGUUGCCGCGCGAGAGCGUCUGCCAAACCUCUUCGAAGUCCUGUCACGGAGGAGCCUGGCGCCGGUCGACUUGUUCUCCUUCUACAUUUACAUGCGAGAUGUGCAGCGCAGUGUGGAUUACUUGGACUUCUGGCUCGAUGUCUCCCAGCACAUGUCGCUGUGCAGACACUACGUCCGCGAACUCCGUAGAUCCGUGCUCGUGUCCACUCCAGAACUCGACAAAUCCGGCUCGAAACGCUCCUCACAAAUCUUAGACAACCUGGACCGGACGUCGUCAGAGCAGGGGCCAAGCGGCGCAUAUCGCGACAAAUCGAAAGAGCGACAAACACCAGACCAGCGACUGUCCGCAUUUCUUAGAGAGAAUGGCAGCCAUCACAGUGCGCAGAACAGCACCGGUAGCAACCGAUCCAACUCACACAACAAUAACACUGAGCUCCCGCGGCCCAGCUUCAUGAAUGGUGCCGAUGGAUCUCCGUCGUCAGGCGCUUUCAACAGCAACAACAGCCCGGAGCAUACAGUCGCCCGCACAGAUAUUCGGCAGUCCGCCGAGAAGAUCUUAUACACCUUCCUCCUCCCCGGUGCUGAACGCGAGAUCAUCUUGCCUCAGGGAAUCCUCAACGAAAUCACGCACGCCAUCGAGAGGGAAGGCAGAGACGAUCCAGAGGUUUUCGACGCGGCCAAGGACUACGUCUUUCAAGCGAUGGAGCGUGAUGCUUUUCCAGGCUUUCUCCGAGCCAAAGCCCUUGGCAAUCUUGUGCAUCCCUCGCUGAUGCUGCGAAUGAUUGUCGGACUGGUCGCCAUAUUCGCUGCAUUCUGGACGGCUUUUGUUCUCAUAUUCUUGAACAAGAGCAGAGCCACGCGAGCUUGGCUUAUACUGCCUUUCACCGUUGGCGUAUAUCUCCUUGCGACACACCAGUAUAUGCUGGAUCCUAUACUGGCCCUCAUUGGAUACAGCGAAUACACCUUCAUGAGCUUCGCGCGGAUAAAGGAGCCAUUCGUUAGAAAGCUCCUCCACCAACGCUCAUUGAUGUGCCUCAUGUGGAUAUUCAUCAUUGACGCAGCCUUGCUUUGUCUGUUCAUUUUUGUACCCGGGAAGCGUCUGUGAUCGUUAGUAAAGGCCAGGCGUUAUGGAGUUGAGAGGCAAGGCCGACAGGAAUCAUGGCUGCCGCUUGUAUUUGGUAGCUACGACGGCCGGCAAUGAGAAUCAAGUCAACUUCUCAUUACUGGUAAUGUUUUGACUAUGCUUAGUCGCUGGAUAUACCCAUAUGAUACGUAUGCCAUCUUUUAUUCCUACUGGCUACUC